AGCAAGCACAUAGUUUUCGAUAUCAGUUCGAAUUGAUCUUGCAAAGGAAGUGGUGUUAUGAUAUCCGAUGGUGUUGUAAAAUUAAACUAUAUAUUUUUCGUGUAAAUUAGUGCGAGCAAAUUGUGUUACACGAAAAACUUGUGAAAUAAUCUUAAAUAUUUUUAUAACAUUGUGAAGUGUUUGAUUUGUGAAGUGCAACGAAAAUGGCUAAUUAUUUCAAGACACAGAUUUUUAUUGUGGUUAUCAUGUUAGCACUUCUCUAUAAUGGAUUUGUGGAGACCAAGCACGAAGGCCCUCGAAAAUGUCCUGACUAUUGCAAAUGCUCUUUGUAUAAAAACCGGAACUUGGCCAAUUGCAGUGGACGCAACUUAAUCGAUCCCAAUGUUGAAAUUCCGACCGUCGUUCAAAUCUUAGACCUAAAGAACAACGACUUGACUACAAUUGACAGCAAUUGCUUCUCGAACUUUAAGCACAUAAUACAACUUUGCUUGGGCCGAAACGCAAUUUAUUCAAUUGAUGUCGAUGCUUUUCGGAAACUAAUACUCUUAAACUCAAUUGACCUCUCCUACAACCGCUUGGAUGCUUUGGAUCCGAACACUUUUAAAUCAAAUUUUUUGCUUUAUUAUAUCGAUUUGGAGGGAAAUAAAUUUACAUCUUUGCCGAAAGGUCCUUUUAUUAUCAGUCAAUCGGUUAGAUCAUUGAAUCUACAGAACGCGCAAUUGAGUCAAGUCAACAAGGAAAUGUUCAGCAAGAUGCCGCAAUUAGAGCAGCUUAACUUGUCCGGAAAUCUUCUAAUCACCUUAAGUUUUGAUAUAUUUACUGAUGUAGAGAACUUAAAGUUUGUGAAUCUAAGUUUUAAUAAUUGGAUAUGUGAUGAAGGACUAAGUAAUGCAAUUAAUAAUAUCCGUGAUACCGGGACAACUGUAGAGAUUUUGAAUUGUAACAUCAUAUCGCUGGAUCGCGAAAGUGAGGAAGAGGUAACUGUUGAGCAAGAUUUUGAAUUUAGUCAACCUGAAGAAGAACCAAAGCAAAAAAUGAAAAAAUUUGAACGUAUGGAAAUGGAGCUUACAACAGAGUUUCCGAUCUUAAAUAUUUCUGCUGAUAUGCCCGAUUUUUGGUUGGAACUGGAAGACAAAAAAUAUAGCGAGGAAGAAUUUAGUGAAGCUAAUACUGAUGAUCUUUGCGUACAACUGUUGAGAAAUCCAGACUGCAAUGUUAGAAUACCAUUUAUGUUUUGUGAAUUGUAUGGAACAUACUUGGAGGCAAAUCAACUGCGUGACAUAUACAAUUUUGCAACUGAAUCUUCUGUUCCUGCUUAUAACACCUCCGAUAUUAACUAUGCCUUCUUCUUUGGGACCGCUAUAGGCAUGAUUGCAAUUAUAUUGGUUUUGUCUUGUGCAUUGCUUUUAGAUAGAGCUAAACGCACAGAAAAUAAUGCAACUAACGAACACACUAUUAGAAUUUCCAUACCUCAACAAGAGGAACCGAAUAGACGCCCACAGCGUUUUACAGAUCCACCACCAUAUCAAGAGUUACAUUCACCACCUCGCAGACGUGAGCCAAGAACAGUUACUAGCUCUAUCAUACGCCAUCAUACAGCAGAUGCACCUAGCAGUUUCCUUAGCCGUCUUUUAGGUCGUUCAGGUGGUCGCCAAGCUUAUCGUGCUUUUAAUCAAAAUACCGCUACAUUAAUACGUCGUCUCAGCCGCAGUAAUCUGUUUGUGAACCGUUCUAUUUCCAACAAUGCCAAUGCCUCAACUCAACCACCAACUAGUACUGAGACUGCUGUUGCUCCACGUGAUUCCUAUUUCACACCCUUAGAGUCAGUGAGCUGUUUUGGAUACGAAAGAGCUGAAACUCCUCCACCUACUUACGGUGAUGCCGUUAAUGAUUCUGGAACAGAAAACAUGAGUGAUGUUACUACCGUAACCACCACUCAAGAAGACAUCGUUGAAUAACAAAAACUAACUUUUAAUUAAUUUAUAUAAUAACUUUUUAUAUAUUAAUUUUUUACAUAACCAUUUUACUAUACUUAACCAUAUUCAAGCAAAACAUGAAAGAUGUUUUUAGUUUAAGUUUAAAUUUUAAUAUCUCAUCGAAGUGACAUGAUAACAUUUAGAAUUUUUAAGGAUACUGUUGGAAUCAAAUAUAAUCAACAAAAAUUAACAAAAUGCAGAUGAAAUCGAAUAACGAAAAGUGAUUUAUUAAUUAAUAUUAUAAUUAUAUGUGACUACUUAUUUAUAGCAAUUAUAGUAUAUAACUUUCUUAUUGACGACUUUCUUAUAUCGCAACCGAUUAAUUUGGAUAUUAUUUAU